GACCUUGUGGCGUCCAAAAUGCGACCGCAGACUAUAUAAGCAGAUUUUAACACAACCAAUGCAUCAGUUGUACCACAGUUAAUCAUAUCAAUAUGUUCUCUAAAAUCGUCGCUUUGAGCGCGUUAGUGGCUGUGGCCACAGCUGGUCUGCUGCCCGCGGCGCACUACUCCCCGGCUGCCGCCGUCUCCUCCCAGAGCAUCGUCCGUCAUGAUGAGGGACACGCGCCCGCCGCCCCCGUCGCCUACCACGCCGCUCCCGCCGCUGUUGCCUACCACGCUGCUCCCGCCGCUGUUGCCUACCACGCCGCUCCCGCUGCCGUAGCCUACCACGCAGCACCUGCUGCCGUUUCCUACCACGCCGCCCCUGCCGCCGUCGCUUACCACGCUCCCGCUCCCAGACUCGUCGUCUCUGCCCGCCACGAGGAAGAAUACGUAAACGCGCACCCCCAGUACGAGUUCUCUUACUCCGUUGCUGAUGGUCACUCCGGCGACAACAAGUCCCAGCACGAGAGCCGCGACGGUGACGCCGUGCACGGUGAAUACUCCCUGGUGGAAGCCGACGGCUCUGUGCGCAGAGUGGAGUACACCGCUGACGACCACCACGGCUUCAACGCUGUCGUGAGCAACUCCGCUCCCGCACACGCGCCCGUCGCGCACGCACCCAUCGCGCACGCGCCCGUCCUCCUCGCGCACCAUUAAGUUCUGAAAUCGGUGACUUUAGCAUUUAAGGAGCAAAACAUUGUAAAUAGUGAAAAUAUUUAAUUUAUGAAUUAAAUUCAACAAUUUAGCAAAAAA